AUGGUGCGGACUUAUAAACCAAAAAAGACAAGUAGACAAGCUGUGGAUGAAGAAUCCAUGCAAUCAGCAAUACAGGAUGUUAUGCAAGGAGUAUUGUCAUAUAGAAAAGCUGUGGACAAGUACAAUUUGAAAUUGGGAACAUUAGAAAGUCGAGUAAAAAAUACAAGAAUAGCAAUGAUGCUGAAGGGUCAAGGGACUGUACAUUUGACUCUAAAUCAAGUUUCCUAG